CAUGCAUUGAUUCGCUAUCAUUCGCUCUAAAGACUUGUGCGCCCAGCCUCAAGUAGUUUGCUGACUCUGUUUGUUGUAAUACAAUUAGCUGACAAGGAUAUCACCAUAUCGAGAUCAUCUGUUUCGAGAGUUCGCGAAAGGAUCCAGAAAAAGUUACAGCCACCAUUAUCCAGAUACCACGUCGUGAAUCCGAGAGUCGAGAGUUCUUGUCCAGCUCAAUUCUAGACGCAAACAGUUCAGUUUCAGGAGCUAUUUUCCCAAUAACCCAGCCAGAUCGCCAAUAAGCAGUGAAAGUGUCAACACAUUUCGAGUGCUUAUUGCAAAUCAAACAAGAAAAGCGCAACCAAGCACAUAGGCAAAUAGUAUUCUAAGUGUUUUUGCCAACACUUUGCGUAAAUUUUUGUUAAUUACCCUAAACAAAACAAAAAACACACACAAAACAAAAUGAUGGCCGUUGCAGCAGCCCAAAAGAACCGCGAGAUGUUCGCCAUCAAGAAAUCCUACAGUAUUGAGAAUGGCUAUCCAUCCCGCCGCCGCAGCCUGGUGGACGAUGCCCGAUUCGAGACCCUGGUGGUCAAGCAGACCAAACAAACCGUCCUCGAGGAGGCCCGCAGCAAGGCAAAUGACGAUUCUCUGGAGGAUUGCAUUCUGCAGGCUCAGGAGCACAUUCCUGCCGAGCAGAAUGUGGAGCUCCAGGACGAGCAAGCCAAUCUGGAGAACCUGCCCCUGGACGAAGAAUAUGUUGCAGUUGAGGAGGAUGUUGAGUUCGAGAGCGUUGAACAGGAGCAAUCCCAGUCGCAAUCGCAGGAGCCAGAAGGCGAACGCCAGCCGACCAAGAACGAUUACGGUCUCACCGAGGACGAGAUUCUGUUGGACAAUGCCGCAUCGGAGUCCCCGGAAGCCGAGGCUGCCAUGCAGAGUGCCGCCCUGGUGGUGCGCCUCAAGGAGGGCAUCUCCUCCCUGGGCCGCAUCCUCAAGGCCAUCGAGACCUUCCAUGGCUCCGUCCAGCAUGUUGAGUCCCGCCAGUCGCGUGUCGAGGGCGUGGAUCACGAUGUCCUGAUCAAGCUGAACAUGACCCGCGGCAAUCUGCUGCAGCUGAUCCGCUCCCUCAGGCAGUCGGGCUCCUUCAGCAGCAUGAAUCUGAUGGCCGACAAUAACCUCAAUGUGAAGGCCCCCUGGUUCCCCAAGCAUGCCUCCGAGCUGGACAACUGCAACCAUCUGAUGACCAAGUACGAGCCCGAUUUGGACAUGAACCAUCCCGGAUUCGCCGACAAGGUCUACAGGCAGCGUCGCAAGGACAUCGCCGAGAUUGCCUUCGCCUACAAGUACGGUGACCCGAUCCCAUACAUCGAUUACUCCGAUGUGGAGGUGAAGACCUGGCGCUCGGUCUUCAAGACCGUCCAGGAUCUGGCUCCCAAGCACGCCUGUGCCGAGUACCGGGCCGCCUUCCAGAAGCUUCAGGAUGAGCAGAUCUUCGUGGACAACCGUCUGCCCCAGCUGCAGGAGAUGUCCGACUUCCUGCGCAAGAACACCGGAUUCUCGCUGCGUCCUGCCGCCGGUCUUCUGACCGCCCGGGACUUCCUCGCCUCCCUGGCCUUCCGCAUCUUCCAGAGCACCCAGUAUGUGCGCCACGUCAACUCGCCCUACCACACCCCCGAGCCCGACUCCAUUCACGAGCUGCUGGGUCACAUGCCCCUGCUGGCCGAUCCCAGCUUCGCCCAGUUCUCGCAGGAGAUUGGACUGGCCUCGCUGGGUGCCUCCGACGAAGAAAUCGAGAAGCUGUCCACGGUCUACUGGUUCACUGUUGAGUUCGGUCUCUGCAAGGAACACGGUCAGAUCAAGGCCUACGGCGCUGGACUCCUGAGCUCCUACGGCGAGCUGCUGCACGCCAUCAGCGACAAGUGCGAGCACCGUGCCUUCGAGCCCGCCUCCACGGCCGUGCAGCCCUACCAGGACCAGGAGUACCAGCCCAUCUACUACGUGGCCGAGAGCUUCGAGGAUGCCAAGGACAAGUUCCGUCGCUGGGUCAGCACCAUGUCGCGUCCCUUCGAGGUGCGCUUCAACCCGCACACCGAGCGCGUCGAGGUCCUGGACUCCGUUGACAAGCUGGAGACCUUGGUGCACCAGAUGAACACGGAGAUCUUGCAUUUGACCAACGCCAUCUCCAAGCUGCGACGCCCGUUCUAAAUGGAUGGGGGGAAAAUAUGUAGAAGCACCCAAAAAACACCGCCCAAAACACCACAGCCCCACCCCCCACCACCAAACAUUCACAUACAGGUGCAACGGUCUCAUUUUUACAAAUUAAUUUUAAAUUGACAUACCGCACAAUCCCUCGUACACGUAAUCCUUAAACCAAAAUUAAGGCAUUAUCGCGCAUUAUUUUUAUUUUUUGUUUAUUGUUUUUUGUUUAAUUUUAUUUUAUUGUCAUCUAAAGUUCUUAUUUUGUCGAAUCGCGUACAUGGUAAAAAACAAGCAUAUUUAUUUGUUGAUCACCCCCGAUUUACACACCAGACCCGCAUAUUUAUCACCGCAACUAUUAUUGGACCAAAAAAUCGUUAGACGUUUAAGUGAUGUGAAAACAAAGCCAAGCAAAGCGAAUUAAGUGAAGUGAAGAGUGCUGGGAAAGCAAAGUUCAUAUACAUCCGCACUUAGUAGGCAAAGUACCACACAAAACCGAUUGUAUACUCAGACACAAAAUGUUUUUGUAUUAUUAUUAUCUUCUUUUUGUCUCUCACAAUAUUUACCUAGACUAUAUAGACACGCGAUAUAGUAUUCCCGGUAUUAAAACUUCAUUCGGAGAUAGUAUUUCUAAACAAAAUAUGGCGAACCAAAAUACAACAAUCAAGGAAACGUAAAAAAAAAACGGAAAAGAUCAAAAUGAAAUGGAAAACAAAACAGAAUUUUCUUACAUUGUACAAUAACUGUAAACGACAAUAUUACUAUUGUGUACUAUUAUUAUUAUUAUCUAUUAUUAUGCUUAUGACUAUUACGUAUUGUAUUGUAGGUAUGUAGAGUUUAAACAUUAUUAUUUUAUUUAAGUUUUGUGUAUUAAUAAAAUUAAAAAUGCAAUUGAAAAA